AAAAACAUCAUUUUUCCCACCUCUCAAACCCAAUCUUCCCGCCUCCCCACAUCACACCCUCUCCUCUACAAUAACCCUCACUUUCUCUAAUCUUCUCCGCCCACAACCAUGAAGGGACUCUCAACAUCUCCCGUGAGAAGAAACGACGCCUUCCACCGCUACUUGAAGCCUGGUGCUCUCGCUCAGAUCCGUAACACUAGACUCAACUCUAGAUCCAACUUCCCCUUAACUCUUUCCCUCCCGGACCAGACAUUAUUGUCUUCUUCCGACAGCCAAGUCGCAGACGCGGCAACGCCAACGAUGGAUCAGAUGCCAGAUCUCUUGAACAAGGUUUACGGUCCGUUUCGGAUCGGUCGGAAGAAACUUGGUCCUUCUAGAUCUGUCUUGAGGACGAUGAUGGAUUUGAACCCUUCUCAAAACUCUACAAUUGAAUCCGCUAGUAAUGGUAAUAGCAACGUAUUAAGUAUCGUCGAUGUUUUAGUUGCUCAUUGAAUGUAACCUUUUUUUUUUUCAUUUGAAUGUAACCCUACUACUACUUUGAUAUAUUGUAUCAAUAAAUUACUUUGUAAGUUAUUACAUUUGUGGAAAGAUCUUCAAUUCUCAUCAAGACUUUUC